AUGGAGCCCGGGCGGAGCUCCGGUGGCCAGCGGCUGAACGCGGUGACUGGGCGGUGUAGGGAAGCAGCAGGCGGCGCAGUGGCUGGGCGUGGGCGGCAGCCGGGAGCUACAGGGCGACGGCCGAGGAGAGGAGCAUCUGGUGGGGGCGGCAGUGCAGCAAAGGCCGCCACCGGCGGCGGGGCCAGAAUCGGCGACGGGGAGACCAAGGUCGGGCUAAGUGCUGGGGCAGGCAGGUGGUGGCCGGCGGGGAGCCGGGGAGGGCGAAGGCCAGUGGAGGCACUGUCGGCGGGGGCCGGAGGCUGCAGUAGCAGUGGGCCGGAAAGCACAAGGAGCCGGCGAGGAGCCGGAGGGGCCACCGGCGGGGGCUGCAGAGGCCUAAGAAAGUUGCCGGGAGCCAGAGGAUGA